CUGUUCGAAGAAGAGAAAUUGCUGAGACAAGAAGGAAAAUUAGAGAGGAUCCAGACUAAGGCAGGCGAGGCGACAGUGAAAUUUUUGAGAAACUGUCACUUGGAGGUAGGAAUGAAGAACAAUGUCAAAUGGGAGCUGAAUUCUGAAAUAGUUGCCCGCCACUUCCUUAAGAAUCUUGGUGUCGUGGUUGCCCCUCAUGCAUUGAAACUACCAGAGGAGCCUAUCACACGGUGGGGCGAGUACUGGUGUGAGGUGACGGUCAAUGGGCUUGACACCGUGAGAGUUCCUAUGUCUGUGGUGAACUUUGAAAAGCCCAGGACCAAAAGAUAUAAGUUCUGGUUGGCCCAACAAGCUGCCAAGGGCCUGACCUCCACCAGUUCCCAGACUGUCUGAACCUACUCUCCCUGCAAGACUGAAAAGCAGAAUCAGUAGCAGUGAAACAAAAAGGGGCCAGUACCCUGAUCGCACUCCCAUACCUGACCAAAUAUGGAAUUUUAGAGAACAUUUGGACUCAUCGGACUGAACGGUAUAUACAUGUUGAAUUCUCCAUUUUCACCGUCUCCAUCAUAUCCAGCUCCAUUGGAGCACUUUUGCCAAAGAAGUACUAGGCUGUUGAUUUGAUAAACUGGAUACCAGUGGAUUGAAACAGUUUAGAUUCUAUUUAGUCUUUUCUUUUAUUGGAGUUGAUUGAAACAAAUGGAAGAGUUAGCCAUUGUCUUUAAUUUCAUCAUCCAAACUGAAUAUUUGUAUCUCAAGCAGAAAUAAAAUGUGCAUUCUUGAUAGGUAUAAUGGCACACACCUGUAAUCCCAAUGAUUUGGGAGACUGAGGCAAGAGGAUCAGAAGUUCAAGACCAGCUUGGGCAUCCUUGUUUCAAAAAAUAAAAAGAUCUGAGGUGUAGCUCAAUGGGAAAGUGCUGCUGGGUUCAAUUCCCAAUAUCACACACUUGAAUAAAGGAGGUGUGGUUUUUUUGUUUGUUUUUUGUUUUAACUGGACUUGAGUACACUGGGGAUAAGACAUCCAAGUGGAAUAUGUUCUUGAGCACUGAGGUUUGCUGCCCCCCAAAAAAAGGAGAGAAUAUAUCAGCUUGCUAUAUUCCAUAGUUGCUCUGAGCAAAUUACUCUGAAUAAACUGAUAUGUCUUUAGUCUUAAA